AUGACGAUGUGUCUUGAAAAUGGUCUCUUUUCCUCCCUUCCAGAGAAAAUCGUAGACGUUUUGGUUUCAUAUAAAAAACAUCAGUUUGGGGUCCUGCAGGAGCUGCAGAGCGUCAAGAAGGCCUGGCCAGCGUGGUGCGGCUCUUCUUCGGAGGUGCAGUGGAUUGUGGCCCAGAUGAAAGACUUCCUGCAAGAGAGCAGGGAGAUGGUGGCCGCAGCAAUGCUCGGCAACGGCUUUCUCAUCCCAGCUGCAGAAGACCUGCGGACCUUAAGCCUCGGCCUUCAAGAAACCAAAGAGUGGGAUUUUAGCAUCCCCCAAACAUUCCUUCGCUUUUGGCAGCCGUUGCUGGCGGGUCUCCACUCCAGAGAGUUCACCCAGACCCUACUUGAGAAAAUGUUCAGGGAGCUAAACCGACACGCCCGGGAGUCAGGGCUCCAGACCCGGUACCUCAUCAACUGGAUCACGGAAAUUCUGAAGACCAACAUGCAAGCCAAGAAGAAGCCAAAGCGCUCUUCCAAGAGUUCCAAGAAGAGAAACGGAGGCUCUCCAGGGCUUUUUCUCCAUCGUGUUUCACUCCAGUGGUUGAAGCUCCUUGAGGAAUGCUUGGAAGCUCCUUGUUGGGCGAGUCCCCAUCUCCUACAUCUGAUCCUGCAGAGCAUGGAGCCCCCUUUGCCGUUGGACACGCAGAAGAAGCUUCUCUGCCUCACCUCCAUCUACACCCAAGAAGCCGACUCCCUUCCCAACCCAGGCUCGGCUGCAGACCUCUGCAGGCAGCCCAUUUACACCGUGGAGAGCUUGCAGCGGAAAGCCAAACAGAGCGGGGUGACUCUUGGGCUCAGCAAGAGGGCGGGACGGCUGGAGCGGUCUGCCAAAGAGGAGGACCUGGCGGAGGAGGAGGAAGAAGAAGAAGAAGAGAUGGAAACUCAGUCCCUGCCUCUGCUGGAAUCGUUCCAUGCUGAGAACACCAGGGCUUUAGCAGAGAAGAGGGCUGCGCUCCUGGGGUCAGCUUGGCAAGUCAGUUCAGAGGCAACAAAGUGGCAGCAGUUUCCUCUGGGAAAACUGCCUAGUCAGACAGACGAUCCCGACGCCCUAAGGGUGGAAGAGUGCUCCAUGAUGUCGGCUCUGGACCAGCCGGUGAAUGGAGACCACAGAUUCCCAACUGGUGCCACGUGAGUAUCGGCGAGGGUUGCGUGGGUUUUGCGUCAUAAUCGGCAGUCGGCACCAAACAGCCGCUCUGCUUAGUAGGUUGCAGCGGUGUGUGAUGCAGUUUUAAUGUUACUUUCUUGAGCUCAGCUACUAGGUAUCAGUCCGACAGCACCCUAGAGACCAAAAAGAUUUUCAGGGUUUAAGCUUUUGAGAGUUAAAGCUCCAUUUGUCAGACACAGGCGGUUUCAGCACGAGCCCCAGGAGCAGUGGCACGCCGGUGUUUAUGACGCCGGUGGAGCCCCAGGGCCGCUCGGACGCUCCUGUGUGAGUGGCUCAAGAGCAUCAACCGCUUGCGGGGCCGCCUUCGCAUGGGGCCCGCCGC